AGCAUAAAUUGCGAAAGGAACUAAAUCAAUCUGUAAGAAUAAGAACAAUCGGAUGAAUCGAAAGACAGAAAUAUCGACGUACUACUUUCAAAAGUUAAAUCUCUAUAGAACGAAUAUCAUAUUUUGUAUCGUACAAAACGCAGCUACAGCCAACGCACACAUUGGCAAUGGCAGAGACCCCCGCCAUGUGGUGCGUCUAUUUCAGUGCUUGCUCUCAGCCAGACUCAUUAUCUUUCUUGUGAUUCCCGACUAAUGCGUGUAUCCUGAGUUCGUGAGACUGGCGUGGCUUCUUCUUGUCCUCGAGCACUUCAUCGACUCAUAAAUGUCCUCACGUGUCCGCGUCGUUUAGCAGAACCAGUCAAUGGUCUCCCUUCAGUGGAGUUUUCAUUGCUCCAAAGAAAACCGAAGGCUUCACGUGUUUCGUGAAGGAACAAGUGAAAAAAGAGAACCGAUCUUUGCCCUUUGGAAACCUAAAGAAAGAUUUAACUGACAACCACUUGAACUGACACGUGAACAGUGAAUGAAGUCCUUUUAUACUUGGUAGAUUUAUACGAUUUAUAACCUUCAAAGAAGCACGUAAGAUUUCAUCUCCUCAAACUGCUUAAUGAAUACAUGGAACUUGGGAGGACCGUGAGAGAACGUCAAGCUGAAACGAGCUUCCUAGAUAAAAAAAUAUAAGGAUUGAUCACAGCUGAUCAAGACCGGUCGACGACCUAUGCUUUUUUUCUGAAACUGUUCGUCAUUUCAUUUUCAUUGUGCUUUUCAUGUUGCGGUUUUAAGAUACGAGAAGAAAAAUAUUCGUGGUUGGGAUUGCAUCGGUCUUUGGUGAUGCGUCAAAGAUCACUAGAGCGCGGAUUAGUUGAGUCAAGAAUGAAGGGAGUCAUUAUGUCUUUGAUCACGGUGUAAAUCGAGUUACUAUUCCAUUGGUAAAUGCUUGUAUUCAUGGGACAGGAUUGCAUUGCUUCAAAGAAAAUGUAAGGAACGCGAACUGUCAUGUGAAUUUUCAAAUAAAUUCUACCGUUUAAUCUUUCGUGACAGUUUUACAAUGCGACACUUUAUAAAGCAUAGUUUCUGUAUAUAUUGUUAACGUACAGUAGCGGGACUGGCAGAUAAAUUAAGUCAGUAUAAUGAGUCGACCAAGCACGUGAAUUCAAACGGUGGGUCUAUUACAUCCGACGGAAGUCAGCGAACUCGGUUAUAAAUAAGUUCCGUUCGGUGCAUAUCGAUUAACGAGGGCAACUGACAAACUCGAAUCGUUUUAUCGAAUAUAACGAGUUUGAAUAACUUUAACUCGAAACAGUUCAAGUAACCUGCGUGCAUCAAGAUUGAACGUUCACAGCAUCGUAACGAGUCACGAGACUCGGGACUCAGGACAUUUAUUUCGAAAUAUACGUUGCAGUUAAAAGUUUGAAAUUACUUGGGAGUUUCUUUUCCAGCGAUAAAUUGCAGUCUUGUUCCUAAAUUUCCGCUGAGUUUUGCUACGUCAUAACCUAUAACAAGUGCACUCUGUCGUGGGCGAAAACUUUACGGAAGCAUUCCUGACUCUAACUUUUGACCUUUGAAAGCCACGAUGUCAAGGAUACGCAUGCAAAGUUCAGUAAGAAUCGAUACUUCGAAAAUUUCACGUUUCUCGUAAUCCUUUGAGUCAUACCAAGAACUGGGAACAACUUACAGUAAGCUUGUCUUAUUAAAACAUCCGAUUUAAAAUGCAUAUCAUUUAAAUAUAGAAACCGCAUCGAAUAAAAUACUAAAUGAAUAUUUAAAGUGAAGGCCCAUGUAAUAUAACGUGAAUAAUAUUCAGCUACCUAUUCAGGCUUAUUAAUUUUAUUAGCAAAUUUCAUCAGUCAAAUUUUACGAAAACAUAACUCGAUUUAAGCUUUCCCAUUAAAUGUAAAUCCAUACGAAGAAGAAAGAAGCAUUUGAAUAAUGGAUUUAUUCGGUCCAUCACAAUGCAACUCGGCAGGCAGCAAACUGGUACAAGAAAAAGGAUCGAACGAUCAGCGUAGUCGUAGGUCGUGACUCCCGGUGUCACCCUGUAAGCAUCAUAUCUGGCAUUUACUCUCUCCUUCCCCCUCAUUCAUUAUCCAUUCGAAUCCAGCCUUUUCUCCAACCCCUAUCUUAACCGAACAAGGGAAACAACUAAUUACCAGCAAUCGAUAUCCAUCGAUGAACCUAACCUUCAUUUACGCUCCAAGACGAACGAGGCCGACAACGAGCGUGGCGAUACGGAGGCCUCGUUGUUCCUCGCCACUCCAUAAUACUUUAACAAUCGAUAAUCGUAUAUUUUUGGUGACGUGCGCGUGACUAAACUUGUAUCUACGAAACCUUUUUACUCCAGACGAUUCUCCUGCCACUGGUCGGCACCAGCAAAAUCAGUCCGAUCCUUCAGCCGCUAUUUCGCCGAACUUCGACACUGAAACGAUAAUCAUACAAACGUAUCCUGCAGAAUUCAAUUUUGUGAACUGAGUUUUAUCUCGCGCGAUAUAUACGACUAGUAUAUUUUUGGACAGUCGAACAUUUUAUUUAUUGUGAGGUUUUGGAACUGAACUACAACAAGGGAAUUAGGAGCUGAAAAUUUGAAUAUUCACAAAAUGUUACACUCUUCUUGCUUGAAUCGUCCAAUGGAGUGCAUCGUUUCGAAAGUCAGGUGAAUGUGGACCACCUUUUUAUGGAUUAGAACGUAAAUGAAUCUCUUCAAGAUAACAUUGAUGUUGCGGCCUGAAUAUUCGUAACUACAUUUUUUUAUUUAUCAAAUUGUAACAAUGCCGAAAUUUAAUUGUUAUUUUGUGUGUACACUGGGUUUUGUUUACUUGUCUCUACCACUUUUAUUUUAAUUGUAGAUAUUAUUUAUAUAUUAUAGCACUCUAAAUUGCUGAUGCUCACUGAUUCAAGAAAUUCAGUUAAAAAUUGUUCCUUCUCAAUAGGAGAGAAUAAUCUAGAAAACAUUUAGAAAGGGAAACCGGAAACGCAAAAUGGACAGGUACGAGAACAUUGAAGUGGUUGGUGAGGGAAGCUAUGGAAUCGUGAUGAAAUGUCGACACAGGGAUACUGGUCAAAUUGUAGCGAUAAAAAAAUUUUUGGAAACGGAAGAUGAUGCUCAAGUGCGAAAAAUGGCGCUUCGAGAAAUUCGAAUGUUAAAGAUUAUGCAUAGAGACAUUAAACCAGAAAACGUUUUGGUUUCGCCAAAUGGUGUUGUCAAACUCUGUGACUUCGGUUUUGCGCGAUUAAUUUCCGGAUCCCAUGAAUCCUGCACAGAUUACGUAGCAACCAGGUGGUACAGGUCACCUGAAUUAUUGGUCGGUGACACUCGUUAUGGUCGACCUGUAGACGUAUGGGCAGUGGGAUGUCUAUAUGCAGAAAUGAUGAACGGUGAUCCAUUGUUUCCGGGAGACAGUGACGUUGACCAACUCCAUUUAAUUAUCAAACUUCUUGGCGGACUUUGUGGAAAACAUCAAACAAUCGUAAAUCGUAACAAUGGCGUGAGACUUCUCCGCAGAGCCAGUGUUGGGGAAACUGUAGGACAACUAUCUGGAAUUCGUUUGCUACGAGGAAUAUUUCCCACGUGGACCUCAGCAGCUACUGACUUCCUCUCGCAGUGUCUUCGUAUGGAUCCAGAUUUAAGGCCCAGCUGUUCAAAUUUAUUGGAUCAUCCUCUCUUCACACAGGAUGGUUUCGUUGAGAGAUUUCUUUCGGAGUUGCGCUAUAACAUUUCGAAAGAAAUGGCUCUUAAUCCAUUGAUGUUGAAGAGAGUUGAGACGAGACGUAUACUUACUCUUUCACCUGAAGAACAAUCUAAUAGAAUUUGUCAUAGCAGUUCUGGACGGUGGCAAAUGAAUCUCAUAAAGGAUAAUAGAAUUCUUACCGAUAAAUCAGAAAUUGACAUUACCGAGCAGAUGGAAGUGCUGCCACCUGAUAGAUCUUCUGCGAUACCAAUAAACCGAACAAGAGGACCCUGUUAUUUUGGACCGGUAUCUGUUAUACCCAAUACCACGUAUAUUCGAAGAUUGGAACACAGGGGUCUUUUAUUGCCAGAUUCAAAAGGCUGUUCCUUGCCUGCUCUUCCUUCAAGAGAAUCCAGUCACGUGCGGACGAAUAACAAGAGGAAGAAACUUGAUUUGCCCAAUGUGGAUCGUUGAUUUUAAUUCGUAUAAAUUUUAGCAUCUGGUCAGACUCGUCUGAUCCUUGAAGAAGUGCCGUCGAUCGGUAACUGUAAUUAAAAAUAUUUUUUAAUUGGUUGAAAUGAAAAUUUUACCACAAUUCCAUAUCAGUAUCAGAUUACAAGAAUCAUAUUGAAAGACUCGUGAGGAAUAUUGUGACUAUCAAAAGUUCGACAUUUUCAUUGUACGUAACUGUAAGAGUAAAUACUCCUAUUUUUACUUAGUUGAAAUUAACUCAUUAUUCAUUAAACUAAUUGUGAAUUGUGCACAAAAUAAUUUCCGAUAUAUCGAACAAAAUCUUAUAUUUGUAAAAAUCAUAUUAUAUUUAAAAAUGAAAGUUGUUAGUAGAUGAGUAGUAUUAUCUAUAUAAUGGCGUAACUUUCUAGUCUGUUCGGAAAAAGCGUUUCAGAUCUAACUCAGGCAAUCCAUUAUUGUCAAAUAGAAGAAUGAUUACAAAAUCAUUAGAAUGGAAUAUCGUGAACGAAGGACCUACUUAAACUGAUCUCAAAAUAUUUUAAUGUCAUAAAAAACUGUUCCAACCAACCGACAUAGUGAUUCGUAAUUUUGAAUUCGACCAAACAAAAAAUAAAGCUACAAAAAAAGUAAUUUAAAUAACUUGUAAAAAAACUAUUUUGAGAUUAGAUAUUCUUAUAAGAGUAAAA